ACUUGGUGGUGUGUGUCAUCAGCCAGACACCGGCGGCGUGGGUUUCCCUUGUCAAACUAUUCUCGCUGUUUGUUCUGUCAAAAAUAACAGAGUAGCGAAUAGCUUGUAUUUAGGUCAAAAUGACGGAACGAAAAGGGACAGCAAAGUUGGACUUUUUGAGAAAGAUUGAACUUGAAAUCCAGGAGAAAUGGGAGAAGGAAAAAGCUUUCGAGCAAAAUGCUCCGACAACAGUUGGGGAGAGCACGAACAAAAGCAAGUACUUUGUGACCUUCCCCUAUCCUUACAUGAACGGCCGCCUGCACCUCGGCCACACUUUCAGCUUGUCAAAGUGUGAGUUUGCUGUUGGUUACCAGUCUCUGAAGGGAAAGAAAUGCCUCUUCCCGUUUGGGCUGCACUGCACAGGAAUGCCAAUCAAAGCCUGUGCAGACAAGCUGAAGAGGGAGAUGGAGCUGUAUGGAAACCCUCCGGAGUUUCCAGACGAGGAGGAGGAAGAGAAGGAGAAGCCAAAGACGAAUGAUGAAAUCAUCAUCAAGGACAAGGCAAAGGGCAAGAAGAGUAAAGCAGUGGCUAAAUCUGGGACAGCCACCUACCAGUGGGACAUCAUGAGAUCUCUGGGCCUGAACGACCAGGAGAUUUCUCAGUUUGCCAGCGCUGAACACUGGCUGGAGUACUUCCCUCCUCUGGCCAUCAGAGACCUGAAACUGAUGGGAGUCAAGGUGGACUGGAGGCGUUCAUUCAUCACUACAGACGUGAACCCCUUCUAUGACUCCUUCGUCAGGUGGCAGUUUCUCACACUGAAAGAGAGAAAAAAGAUCAAGUUUGGGAAAAGGUAUACCAUCUACUCCCCCAAGGACGGACAGCCAUGCAUGGACCACGACAGGCAAACGGGAGAGGGAGUUGGCCCCCAGGAGUACACCCUCAUCAAGAUGAAGAUAGUCGAGCCUUACACUGCAAAAUUCAAAUCCAAAGUCUUUUACAGCAGCGGCAUGAAAGGCAAAAACAUCUUCCUGGUCGCUGCCACUCUGAGACCGGAGACCAUGUUCGGUCAGACCAACUGCUGGGUGAGGCCCGACAUGAAGUACGUCGCCUUUGAGACGACCAGCGGAGACGUCUUCAUCUCCACCCACAGGUCUGCCAGGAACAUGUCCUUCCAGGGCUUCACCAAGGAGAACGGAGUGGUGCCAGUGAUCAUGGAGAUACUGGGCCAGGAUGUCCUUGGCUCUGCGUUGAGUGCUCCACUCACCUCUUACAAGAUCAUCUACGCGCUGCCUAUGCUCACCAUCAAGGAGGACAAAGGUACUGGUGUAGUUACCAGCGUACCAUCCGAUGCUCCUGAUGACAUCGCUGCUCUGAGGGACAUCAAGAAAAAACAGGCCCUGCGGGAGAAGUAUGGAAUCGAGGACAAGAUGGUGUUGCCUUUCGAGCCGGUCCCCAUCAUUGAGAUCCCGGGCUACGGGAGCCUUUCUGCUCCACUAGUGUGCGACGAGCUAAAGAUCCAGAGCCAGAACGACAAAGAUAAACUGGCCGAGGCCAAGGAGAAGGUUUACCUCAAGGGAUUUUACGAAGGGAUCAUGCUGGUUGACGGCUACAAGGGCCAGAAGGUCCAGGACGUCAAGAAGCCCAUCCAGAAGAUGAUGGUGGAGAAGGGUGAUGCUAUGAUCUACAUGGAGCCAGAAAAACAAGUCAUGUCCCGUUCAGCUGAUGAGUGUGUGGUGGCUCUGUGUGACCAAUGGUAUUUGGACUACGGGGAUGCUGAGUGGAAGCAAAAGGCCAAUGAAGCCCUCAAGUCUCUAGAGACGUUUUGUGACGAGACCAGGAGAAACUUUGAAGCGACUCUGGCCUGGCUGCAGGAACACGCCUGCUCGCGUACAUACGGUCUCGGAACACGGCUGCCUUGGGACGAGCAGUGGCUGAUUGAGUCGCUAUCGGACUCCACCAUCUACAUGGCGUACUACACUGUGGCCCACCUCCUCCAGGGGGGUGUGCUCAACGGACAGGGAGUCUCACCACUGGGCAUCAAACCUGAGCAGAUGACAAAAGACGUGUGGGACUUUAUCUUCUUUAAGACGUCUCCUUUCCCUAAGACGGACAUCCCCAAAGAGAAUCUGCAGAAGCUGAGGAGGGAGUUCGAGUACUGGUACCCGGUGGACGUCCGUGUGUCUGGCAAAGACCUGGUGCCCAACCACCUGUCCUACUACCUGUACAACCAUGUGGCUAUGUGGCCCAAAGACAAUGGGAAGUGGCCACAAGCUGUACGCGCCAACGGACAUCUGCUCCUCAACUCUGAAAAGAUGUCCAAGUCAACAGGAAACUUCCUCACCCUCAGCCAAGCCAUUGACAAGUUUUCAGCAGACGGUAUGCGCUUGGCUCUGGCCGAUGCCGGGGACACGGUGGAGGACGCCAACUUCGUGGAGACCAUGGCGGACGCCGGCAUCCUUCGCCUCUACACCUGGGUGGAGUGGGUGAAGGAGAUGAUCGCCAACCAGAACAACCUGAGGACGGGACCUGCAGACACUUUCAACGAUCGUGUCUUUGCCAGUGAAAUAAACGCCGGCAUCCUGAAGACGGAGCAGCACUAUGAGAGGAUGAUGUACAAGGAGGCUCUGAAGAGCGGCUUCUUCGAGUUCCAGGCAGCCAAAGAUAAGUAUCGGGAGCUGGCCAUCGAAGGCAUGCACAGAGACCUCGUCUUCCAGUUCAUAGAGAGACAAACUCUGCUGCUGGCCCCCAUCUGCCCACACCUUUGCGAGUACACCUGGGGGCUGCUGGGCAAGACGACUUCCCUGAUGAAGGCUUCGUGGCCUGUGGCCGGUCCAGUCGACGAGAUCCUGAUUCGUUCCUCUCAGUAUCUGAUGGAGACGGCGCACGACCUCCGCCUGCGCCUGAAAGCCUACAUGCAGCCGCCCAAAAGCAAAAAAGGUGACUCUAAGCCCCCAGCCAAGCCCUCCCACUGCACCAUCUACGUGGCCAAGAGCUACCCCCCGUGGCAGCACAGUGCCUUAUCCCUGCUGGGCAAGCAUUACAAGAACAACAAUGGGGUUCUACCAGACAACAAAGUGAUAGCAACCGAGUUAGGAGCCCUGCCGGAACUGAAGAAAUACAUGAAGAGGGUCAUGCCUUUUGUGGCCAUGAUCAAGGAGAAUCUGGAAAAGAAUGGACCCAGAGUUUUGGAUUUGGAGCUGGAGUUCGAUGAGAGGGCGGUUCUCAUGGAGAAUCUGGUCUACCUGACCAACUCCCUGGAGCUGGAGCAGAUUGACGUCUUGUUUGCAUCGGAGGCUGAUGACAAAGUGAAGGAGGACUGUUGCCCAGGGAAACCGUUUUGUGUUUUCAGGACCGAGCCUGGAGUGUCUGUGUCCCUGAUCAACCCUCAGCCGUGCAGCGGCCUGUUCUCCACAAAGGUUGACAUCCGACAGGGGGACAGCAGAGACAACAUCAUCCGCAGGCUGGCCAAGGUCAACAGGCUGAUAAAAGAUCUGUCCCGGGUGAAGCUGAUGCGAUACGAGGACCCGUUACUCGGCCCUCGCCGCCUCCCCGUCCUGGGGCAGGAGGAGAAAGGGAAGCUGCCCAUCUCCAACACGUCGGUCUUCAACGUGAGCGUGGAGGAGAAGAGGGUGACUCUGGCCGACAACAGCCUCACUGUGGACGUCGGGGACACUCUGGUUUAUCUGGUGCUUUAGAAUAAGAGUCGCUGUUAACACACAGACACAUGAGGGCACAUCCAGCAAUGAACAACUAAAAUUAAUCAUGACAUGUUACAAAUAAAGCAGCACACCACCGACUCAAAUACUGGUGUUUUCUUAUUAAUUUCUCUGCACCUACAGCCUGUGCUAGUGGUGAAUGUGACCUAGUGGGACCUGGUAAAGUUUGCUUCUGUCCUCCCUAACAACACAUACAGCUAUUAAAUCCAGAUCUGGGUUUAGUCAUCCCUCUGAUACGGUCCUGCACCUCAGGGCUUACAGUUCUGACUUUUGUUGUACGCGAGGAUAAUACCAGAAUUUGUAUUCCGUUCUGCCGGACUCAGGACAUGAACCCCCAGUCGACUGUGUCAAAGUCUGUUCUGUUCGAUCUUUAAAUUUGCUUCCUUUCUCGUGCACAGUAAAUAGGCAAUUAUCCAUCUAAUUGUGUUUUAAAAUGAAUUUGAGGCAUUGAACAAACACCUUUUUUUUGUUUUUGUCAGUGGCCAAACACUUAUUUUAUGUCAUUACAUCGCUCCUGAAUGUGUUCACGUAUGUGUCUGUCGUGUUGUUUUAUACAUCGUAGGUGGGGGACGUUCAGCUGCUUCUUGUUUUUGUCGGACAGCUCUCUUGUUUUCUAGCCGGGGAUGGGGCCUGUCUGGUUUUUCCAUUUAAAUAAUAAUAAUAAUAAAAAUAAAACCUAUGAAUUGUUCA